GUGUGAUAGGUAAGGUGCAUAAAAAGAUCGAAAACAUUGGGUCCUGGCUAAUUUUUAUGAACAUGCCGAUAUCGAUAUUUCCGCUUUUCCUGGUUGUGGGCGUCGCCUGGACCUUCCCGUGGAAAUUCCCCACGCGUAGCCAUGGAAACGACGCCUUCUUCGAGCCAAUAAUGAGCCGGUCUGAGAUCAAGAGGGUCUGCGUGGAGCUGUGCAUGUCCGGGCUGGGUGGAGAAGCCUGCGGAGACGACUGCGUGGACCUGUCGCCACUGACUGUCACUUUCCAGUCAGAUCCUGCAGGCGAUGCGGUGCGGAACAGGAGCGUGCCGGUCGGCAGCCCGCGCUCGGACUCGUGCCCUGUUCUGUGUGCGAACGGCCUAGGUUAUCCUCUGUGCAGCUGCAGGAACUCCAAGAGCAAACCUGCGAAUUUCGUGCAAGUCUGUGGUCAUUUCUGCCUGAGCUACGACUAUCAAGUUUUCGGCUGUCAACCCUGUGACGUCUACAGAAACCUGCAGAAAGUCAAGGACAUGUCUUACCUGUUGCCCAGCAAUGUCUCGUCCGGUUACCUGAUGGUGGGGAUGGUCCACGAGAUGAGUCCGUACUGGAUCCAGUGGUGCAUCGAUAAAUGUUCUGAGGGUGAAGGUGGAUCGGCCUGCAAUUGUGAUAAACCCAUAAUGGCCACCAUGACCAAAUAACAUCGCUUGUUCUGGCUCACAUGAGUAAGAAAGUUUCAACCAUUUUAAAUGUAUGAUACAAUCAAUGCAAUUUCAAUAAUGUCAAAGAGCACCUAUUUUUGGAGCAGCACAAUACCUGCUUUAGCAAAUUUGAAAGCAGGUCCAUGUGAGAUAUACUAAAUAUUCUUUUUAUUCCAUGAUGUUUAACAGCUAGGUUGAGAUAUGCUUCAUACAUAGCAUAAAUGAGUGAAAAUAUAGGGGGUUUAUAAAGGUACAGAUGUAAUGACUUAGCCUUAGCCAAUAAUUCAUGUUCAUUCGGUGUUAGAAAGCUCUGUGUUUAGUUAAGAAUAUUAGGCACUUUUAUUGAUGUUGAUUAAACAUAGAUGGUACGACAAUUUUAUUACUAUUAAGUUUAAAUAUUCCUCUAUAUGAAAUUGCUUUUCGAGAGUUAUCACAAUAAGUAAGGCACAUUGUUCAAUAAAUUCGUGAAAUAUUA